GCAUCUCGUGUGCUGGGUCCCCCCAUGCGGCGCCCCCAGACCCGCCGGGGCUGGCAGCUCUGGAAAGCCGGUUCUGCUUUCCUGGCCAAGGUCACUGACGCAACAGGGAAAGUUCCCAGCUGGCACCUGGGGGGAACAGCCAGUGCAGCUGCAGCCAUGGCACUCUGCACCUUCACCCUCCUCUUCCUCCUCCUCCUGCAGGACAUGCUGACCUUCCCGGAAUAUGGACACGGCCUCCAGCAGCAGGAGAGGGACUGGAUCAUCCCCCCCACCAACUGCCCCGAGAAUGAUCAGGGACCCUUCCCCAAGAAGCUGGUGCAGAUCAAAUCCAGCAAGGAAAAGGAGACCAAGGUUUUCUACAGCAUCACAGGGCAGGGGGCAGACACCUUCCCCACGGGUGUCUUCAUCAUCGAGCGGGAGACGGGGUGGCUGGAGGUGACAAAACCCCUGGACCGGGAGGAGAAGGAUAAAUAUGUGCUCUACUCCCAUGCUGUGUCAGCCAACGGGCAGCCCGUGGAAGACCCCAUGGAGAUCAUCAUCACCGUCACUGACCAGAACGACAACCGGCCCGUCUUCACCCAGGCAGUUUUCCAGGGCUCUGUGCUGGAGGGAGCUAAGCCAGGCACGUCGGUUCUGCAGGUGCUGGCCACCGAUGCAGACGACGCCGUGAACACCAACAAUGGCGUUGUGAGAUAUUCCAUCCUGAGCCAGGUGCCAGAGAAGCCCCAGCCCGGGAUGUUCACCAUCGACAGCAGCUCUGGGCUGGUCUCUGUAGCCAGGCUGGGGCUGGUGGCAGAGGUUGUCCCUGAAUACACACUGGAGAUCCAGGCUGCCGACCAGGAGGGGAUGGGGCUGCGAGCCACCGCCACCACCCGCAUCACGGUGCAGGCUGACAGCAUGUCUGAGGUGGGAAACAGCACCCUGACCACCCAUGUGCUGAACACGGCCACAGGGCUGCCGGCAGCCGGCCUUGCUGUCCGGCUGGCCCAGCUGCAGGAGCCGGGGCUGCAGUGGAUGGAGCUGGCACAGAGGUACACGGAUGCGGAUGGGCGCUGUCAGCCCCUCCUGGCACCGGGACAGGCCAAGUCUGGCACCUACAAGCUGCACUUUGAGACAGCCGAGUACUGGCGGGGACUGGGGCACACCAGCUUCUACCCCUUUGUGGAGGUUGUCUUCAUCAUCACCGACCCGGCACAGAAGCUCCACGUCCCGCUCCUGAUCAGCCCCUACUCCUACACCACCUACCGGGGCAGUUAGAGGGGCUCUGCCUUCCCCUGGGCACCCAGGAAUGGUGCCACUGAUGCCAUUAAAAACUCCACACAGCA